AUGUUGCAAUUUUUAAAUGACGCAGUGUUUGAAAAUUCUAUAUCCAAGGAAACCAAAGAGUUUUUAAAAAAAAAAUUAAAUAUUAUUGUUGGAAUUGAUAAUACUAAAAUUCAAGAUGCGUAUGUUGUGCAAGGAAAAUCUUACACUCGAAACGUUUUAGAAUCGGAGAGUGAAGCAUUGCUACAAGCUGGUUACAAUCCUGACAUAGUAUGUAUUUACAAAAAAAUGCAAGUAAAUGGGAUUAAAUUUUGCCCUGAACCAGAAGAUGGAGUUGAAAUACGUCAAUUUUGUGACUAUUUUAUCUUCAAUGAAGAUAAUAAGAAGUUUGGUUUGAUAAAAAACAUUUUACAAUUUCGACACAAUAAUAUCAUAAUUACUGGCAUAAUUGUUCAAUAUUUUGAAGAUGUUAUGGGUGCAUUUAAUUCGCGUCACAUUCGAGAGAUUGAACCAUCGGAGGCUAUUAGAUUUGAAUCAGAAAAUACCGUAUUAAGACCUGCUAUCAAAAUGAUAACUGAUGACGCUAUAUAUGGUGUAAAGCUAACAAACUGUUGGGAAACCGAUUAA